AUGAAUGAAUCGGAUAGCAGUGUGCCCUCACCCGUCGAUGCGACCAAGCUGAGCGAGUCCAACGGAGAAAAUGCCUCGCGGUACCAAGCCUACUCGGAGCCAUUCGGAGACAUCGGCUUUAAGAUCCGUUUGUCUUCCCCAAACAUGCAAGUGGAGCUACUGACCCUCGGUGCCUCUAUCAACUCCGUCAAAAUACUCAAUCCAACAGUGCCGUCGGACAGCCGAAAUUCUUGGUACGAGACCUGUUUGGGCUUCAAUGAUCCUCAAGAAUGUGCGGAACCUGGUGCGCCGAUCGGUUCCACCCACGGACGAUUCGCAGGACGCAUCGCAAACGGUCAAUUCGUGCUCGAUGGCAAAACACACAAACUCAUCACAAACUGCGGAUCUCACACCCUCCAUGGUGGGCCGAAUGGCUUCAAUACGCUUCAGUGGAAGUACCUGAUAACGGAAGGGGAGGAUGAAAUUGGUGUAUCCUUCUAUCUAACCUCCCCGCACUUUGAUCAGGGUUUCCCUGGUGAACUCUUUGUUUCCGCGACGUACGCGAUCAUGAAGCAUACCACCCAUCCCACCCUCAAGUAUACACUGCAGGCGAAUCUAUCCGAAAAAACACCCGUCGAUGCGACCGUCGUGAACUUGACGAAUCACACGUACUGGAACCUCAACGGGGUGCCCCGUGCGGAACGUCCAGAGGAGGUCGUCCCGUUACCAAGGCCCAUCUUCAACCAUUCCUUAAGCAUAAAAGGCAAGUACUUUGCCGAGGUCGAUAAGGAUCUCAUCCCGAAUGGGUCGAUGGUGCCCCUGGAGGGAACGCCCCAUGACUACACUCUGCUUCACUCGAUUAAGGAGGGAAUGGAGUCGCUGAAGGGGAAAUCCGAUCCCUGGGGCUACGACGACCCCGUUGCCCUCGACGUGUGGGACUCAACGCUGCGCGAGGCCGCCGUCCUUUUCAGCCCCCUCACUCAACUGCAGAUGCGAGUUUCGACCACAAACCCGGUGUUGAUCUUAUACACCGCCAAUUGGCUCCCGGAUAAGGCCAGUGGCAAAUGGAAAGAUCGCUUCCGGCGCCACAGUGGCAUUUGCUUGGAGUGCCAAUACUUCCCCAACAGUCCGAAUGUUCAAAGCUUUCCAUCGACCACACUAAAAAAAGGCGAAAAAUAUUCCGAAACUACUGUGCAUGAGUUUCAGUUCAUGGGUUCUCGACGUGGUUCAGGGGAAUACUUGAAGCUAUUCUAA